AUGGCCGCCGCAGUCAUCAGCAGCGGUGCCUCAUUCCACUCGCGAUUGUCCACUACUAAUGCUUCAGCCCCCGGCACACAAGCCACCGCCCCAGUCCUCGAAUUUCGCUGCACAUACACGCGUGAGGGCUACAAGAAGCAACCGAAAUUUCACGAUGGCUUCAUCUCGUAUCACACCUUUAACAAGGUCAUUGUGCUCUAUGACGAUACGCGACGCGUCGUCACCAAUCACCAUUACAGAGACGAUGACGAGGUUGAGGAAGGCGUGCGGCUGACUUUCGAUCGCAGCGUCAUCGUCGACGUUGCUGAACCUGCUGGCAAGACUCAGACAGACCUUAAUCAGGUGCUGCUUCAGAGAAACAGCCCAGACAGGAGGGCAGCCACUGCACCUCGAUUACCACGAGUCGCCGCUGCUACCCAGGGCCGGCCGAGAUCACUGCGAGAUGUCCUCGGUGCGAGUCAAGGUCCCAUCGGACGUGCCCGACUACCCUCACAGACGCCGUUCGAGCAACGACAGAUCGAGACUGAUUCGCACCCAGAUCAGCCACCGGCCAAAAGAUUGAAGAUUGUGGAUGAGAAGGAGAAUACUCCAGCGCCUGUUCAGAAUAAGGCGAGGUCUGUGAGAGCACCUCAGCGAAGCCCUCCGAGGCAGAUCCGGACGUCAUGGGCUCCUGGGUCUACGCAAGCCGUUGUCGGUCGUGUUGAGGAGGUUCAUAAGCUGUCCUCCGACGACGACGACAGUGACAGAGACCAGCCCGCCCGGACGAUUAUGGCGAGGCAAUCACCUUCGUGUCACAAGCAGCGAAAUGCUGUCCAACGGAAAGCCGUCGCGGAGGACUUGGUCAAUGAGCUGGUCGACGAUGCUAUUGGGGACGGCACGCAUCUCAAGCAAUCCCGUCCAGCUGUACCCAAAUCGAAGAAGCCUGCCGUCUCUCGUGCCACACAUCAGCCUGCAGCUCGAAUCAUCGCAAAGAGUACAGAGAUCGUACAGAAGCCUGUGGAGCAGCCUGUGCCCGACAAAAGGUUGCCCGCUGAACCGGCACAGCCCUCCAAAGUCACACCACGGAUGCCCACGCCAGGUACCUCACAACUACAGCUGUCACGAGAGAAGCCACGAAGAAAGCUGAUGUAUCGAGCACUCCUGCCCGCCGACUCAGCGUCAGAAGGACCAUCCACCAGAACCAAACCCGGGAGCCCUGUGGCAACCAUGACCACCAACAAAGACACAUCUGCACGGAGCACGAGGCCGCCGGAUCGUGCAAUGGACAGAGUCCUGCCCGAUGUAUACGACAGCCCUGCCGUUGCAGAAAGUGACCCGCAGCGGUCUGCUCCCGCGGAGCCAAAUCCAACGACCGAGCGUGUCCCUGAAGGGCCAACAGAUGAGCCGAUUGCCAUCGAUUCCAGCCCGCUUUUCAUGUCACAACCCGAUCCGUCGCCUCCAUCUCCCGACCAGCAUUUGGAAGACGACGAUGUCCUUGAGGUGCAGUCGCUGCAGGUCUCAAAGCCGGUCCAACGCGGCGAAAGUAGCGACUAUCCCAUACCUCUCAGUCCAGAGCCAGACCUGAACCAGCCACCGACACACGCGACUGGAAAACCAAUGCUUGGGGUGUCCAGCAUUCCAGGAGGGCUGUGGGCAUCAGACGUCGAUCAAGAUGACACGGCCUCGUCCCCAGCGAAACGGACAAGUCAGCAGAAAAUGCCACCUCCACCACGACCUAGUGUCCCCGCCCCCGCAAGUAACACAGAGUCAACUUUUCCACCUUCGGAAGUCUCGUCCAUCGGCUCUAAAAGAUCAUUCCGCCGCGUGCUCUCCGAAAACGAUGCCUUCACAGAACCCAUCACAGCCAUUCAGCACACGGAACCAUUCCCAUCUCUCCUCCCUGAUGCCGAGUUUCCACCCACUGCAGCCCUUCUCCGCCCAGCACCACCCAGACAGCAACAAAAUCAUCAAGCCGCAGCGCCCCUCCGCCGUACCCUCUCCGACCCAGUAAUCCAACCGAUCGACUCCGCCGCCGCAACGACAUCCCACAUCACCGCCUUCAACGUCCAGCCUGUGACUGAAGAGCCCAAAGGCGAAGGCGUUACUGGGCCAUGGACAUUCACGGAGGCGUGGACGCUGUUUGAUUUUGAGCGCUGGCCUGAGUGUAAGAAAACGCUACUACCGGGCUGGACGAAGGGUGUUGACGGUGACCCUGGUCAGGGGGAGCAUGGAACGAAAGGUGGAGCAGGGAUCGGUGCAGGUACUACCGGAGCAGCAAGCGGAAGCGGCUUCUCAAGCGCGAAAGGGCUGUGGAUUGGCUUAAGGGACGGGGAGGAGCGAACGGCGCAGGGAAAGGGUGGGCUGCGGGAUGAGUGCGUGUUCUAG